CGGACCUCCACUUUCAUGGAGUAAUUUACAGAGUUAGCAGUGAAAAAAAACGGUUUACUUCUAGGUUUCAUCGGGCUUGGAGCAUCAUGUCUUACCCACAGUCUCCCAGGAAGGCAGGGAUGCCAAGAGAAGUGUUGAAGUGGCUGCAGAGCCUCGAGCUGUCAGUUUAUCCGAAGAAUGUGCGCAGAGAUUUUUCAAAUGGUUUCCUUGUGGCAGAGAUAUUGUCUCGUUAUUACCCACAAGACUUUCCAGUGCAUGCAUAUGACAACGGAACAUCACUGGCUUCCAAACAGAGGAACUGGAGACAGAUAGAGAGGUCUUUACAGAAGCAGAAUCUGCACUUGAUGAAAGACGUAAUUGAUAGAAGCAUCCACUGCAAACCAGGAGCAGCUGAGCUGUUGGUGCAGGAGGUUUACACUCUUCUAACUAAUCAGAGUAUCAGAGAUGUGCAGGGUCCACAGUCAGACUUCACUGAUGAAGAGUACCAGGAGCUUCUACCCGCAGUGGCCCGCUCCACAGCCUCCAGAGCAAUCAAGAACAACCUGAGGAUAACGGAGAUCAUGGCCGAGCCCGACAUCAGAACCAACCAGAGGAAGACAGAAGCCAUCCUGCACAGGCACCUAGAGCACAAGGCUGCAGAGAGGGUUAACAACCCUGGACAAUUUAAAGGGAGACCUAAUCUGGGUCGGCUGGCAUCCAAAAACCUUGUGCCAUCAGGCCGCAGAGAUGAGUGCUUUGCCAAAUCUGGAGGCACUACAUCAAAGUUGUGCUCCUCAUCAACAUGCAUAGGAGCUGCUGUUUCCUUUAAGGAGAUAAAGGUGCACCAGCCUGUCAGACAUUCCCUAAUUAACAAUUACAGGAACUAGAUGGAGAACAUUG